AUGCAAUCCAUCGCCACUUUUUUAUACUUCCUACAAUGUCUACCUUCCAUUGUUGCUCAGAGCGAGUAUUUGGCUACCGUGAACAUUGGAAUCACUGUUCCACCUCUCUCGUCGUAUAGCAAUAGUACUCAGGAUGGGAUCCAGUCAGCAACCGCCUCACUCUCCAGCGUCAUCAGUCGUGUCAACGGUACUAACACGACUCUGGAUGCUGGACAUUUAGCAGCCAGCAUAUGCAACCAGCAGAGGAUCUCGUACAGUUUGGCCUCGGAAGCAUGGCAGACCAUGGUCGCGCCCACGACGAAUUGCUCGACAUCGACAAAUACGUAUGGUAUCACCCAGGAAGAUCAUGCAAUCAACAUCGAGUGGACGACGUUCUGCGAUGGUCACCCUCGAACCCCAGAUAAUUUCACCUAUUCCCUCACCACCAAGAUGACAACUUUACAGGUACCUGUGUGCGGAAGAUCCACUCGACUCAAUAGCGGACUCUACCCCAGCUCGUACCCAUCAUGCACGAUUCAACCGAGCGAGUGCAACAAGCUCUAUCAAGACAACAUCGAUGCCGCUGUCGCCAUGAUCUAUACGCCGCUUUGUAGCACGGUGCGAUCGUUCAAGCCGUCAUGCGGAGAUUGCACAGUCUUCGCAAAUGGCAUGCAAUUGUUCUACUGGCCGACAACUACGACUUCCGGGGAUCUGUGUCAAGGCAAUGGGACCACGAUCACGGCAGCACCAACAGGUCAAGGUCCAAAUACUAUGGUUGUGGGCAACAGCACGUAUAUCUCUCCAUCAGCAUACUACAGCUUCUCGGAUCUCUUCGCAACAGCGGCCAAUGGCGCGAUGUGCGGCACUGCACAGGCCCGUUUCGAGGUGCCAGUCUGGACGUUCGAUUUGUCUUCAAUCAGCUACUCUCCGGUGAAUCCUGCUCAGACACAGUUUGAUGCCUACACACAGUCAAUGAACCUGGCUGACUUGAACUACCCUGUACCAUGGAGUGCUUACCGAGGCCAAAUGUUAUGCGCCAAUAAUAUGUCAGCCUGUGCUACUAUCUCUUCACCAUACAUGCCUGAGCUGGCCAUACCGAUCUGGCUGACUGAGGUACAGGAGCAAUGGACAACUUGCUCUGUGCUAGCCAAUGUCUACGACCCGCCACAAGCUCUGAGUCAAGUGGCGCAAGUGCAGCUCCCAACGAUACCUGCGAGUCCAACGUCCGCGACAGCCACUGUAUCAGCUACUCCGGGCUCGGGGGUCAUGCCGACCCAACCACUCUCCACCACAAGUAGCUCUCAGUCACUAUAUUCAAGCACGGCGAUUGUGGUUGGUGUUCCGGAGGGUGGAACGAACGAAGCGUCGAGUCUUGCGAAGGAGACACAGAGUCUGCUCGUAUCUACGGUGUCUAGCGCAAAGCUCUCGACUCGAUCCGUGGAUACUAUCGUCAGCAACGUAUCGGGCGCUGGAAGUACAGUCGGUACCUCUGGUAUCACGGUCAACAGUGCGGACCCCAGCGUACUUGACGCGGGUGUCGUGGCUGGUGGCUCCAGCAUCUCGAUCGAUGGGACUGCGCCAUCGAUCUCGCACAGCACAAUGAACGCGGUGCAAGCUACGAGUCUGGCAAGAGGUCCGAUAGACGAUCCGGUUUCUCCAGCCGUUGCUGCCACUACUAUGAGCUUAGUGGAAGUGCACAGCAACCCUGCAGCAAGUGGUGUUGCUAGUGCAAUACUGCAGGUGUUUUCAGACCCCAGCAGAGUUCAGCCUGCUGCUCAGGAGACAGUAGAAGGCGUGGUGGCGGUGCUAAUCAGUGCGCUACACAGCCAAAAGAGCUCGCCGAGUAGUGACAUCCCGAGUGGCGGAUCAAGUCCAUCCACAUCCACGUCAGGUCUUAGCGAUAUGGACCCUGUGCGGGCGAGCACGACCAAGAGUAUUGCGAUAUUGCCAGAGUCCGAUGGAAUUGCGUCCCCACUCAACUCGCCAACUCAGUCAAGGCCGGUGCUUCCAAGUGUCGCUCUAGCCAGCAAUUUAUCGGUCUCGGAAACUUUGUCAUCAGCUGCCCUUGAGUCUCAGUCGACAACGACUUCUCUCAGCGGACUGCACUCAAGUCCUACACUUAUGUCUCCAAACUCGCUUACUACAAGUACAACAUCCCAAGGUAACCCCGCGCCAGCUGUGACUGGUGUCUCUACCGCAGCAGCACCGGGUUCGGCAUCACGAGCAGCGUCCACACUUGCUGCAUCGCCAGCUAGUACAAUAAUUUUUUCGAGGGAAAGCUCAGGGGUUAGAACAUGGGAUUCGAAAUUGGCAGCCUAUCUGAUUGUGCUCACUGGUCUGUUGACCUUCCAGUACUAA